AGAAUGUUAAAGAGGAAGGGAAAUGUGAGGCUGUGGAUGGAGAUGGAGGUGGGUCAUUGUCUUAUCAUAAGCAAAGAAGAGGUGGGGAGUUAGUUAAUUGGGUGAGGGAAAGAAAGAAAAGCACUUCAAAUUUCUGCCCCAUACCAUAUUCACUGGACCGUGGAAAGAAUCAUCAUGGCAAGGGUGGUUGCACUCCAACAGAACCAACUUUCUUUCUCUCCCUUAGCUUCCUCUCUUUCUGACUUCAGCGGAACCAGACUUCAAACUCAACUUCAGCUCAAGAGAAAAUUAUUGCAGCCAAAAGGGUGUUUUCAUGUCUAUACAUCAAGCACUAGCACUCUUGUCAAAGAGGGUCACCAGGUGGUUUUAUUUACAAGAGGAAAAACACCUGUCAUUCAACAAUUGUCAGGUGAAUCGGCCAGUGAUUAUGCUGAUUUUUCUUCUAAGGCUAAAGCUUUUGCAGUUCCUAGGAGGAAAGCAAUGUCCUUGAUCUUAUCAAGUUAUAUUUUCUCGGAGGUUGGUCAAGCAUUGGCUCAACAGUCUUCUGUGUUCCGUGAAUAUAUAGAUGCAUUUGAUGGUUAUUCAUUCAAGUACCCAGGGAAUUGGAUUCAAGUUCGAGGUGCUGGAGCUGACAUAUUUUUUAGGGACCCUUUUGUUCUUGAUGAAAAUCUAUCUGUUGAAAUUUCUUCUCCUUCAUCUUCCCAAUACAAGAGUGUCAAAGAUUUGGGUCCACCCCAACAAGCUGGAAAGACUGUGCUCAAACAAUAUUUGACUGAGUUUAUGUCUACUAGACUUGGCGUUAGACGUGAAUCAAAUAUUCUUUCCACGUCUUCAAAAGUAGCUAAUGAUGGCAAGUUAUACUAUCAAGUUGAGGUAAAUAUUAAGUCAUAUGCCAAUAACAAUGAGCUUGCUGUUAUGCCACAAGAUCGGGUGGUACGUCUGGAAUGGGAUCGUAGAUACCUAUCUGUUCUUGGGGUUGAAAACAACCAACUGUAUGAGUUGAGAUUGCAGGUGCCAGAAAAUGUUUUUUCAGAGGAGGAAAAUGAUCUUCGUAAAGUCAUGGAUUCGUUUCGAGUGAACAAGAUUGUCGCUUAAUCUUGAAAUUUGGAUACAUGAAGACCUAUGGUCUUGAAAUUUAAUCUUCAUUUUUUUUCUUCUUUAUUCUAAUGAACUCUUUCUAUAGCUUUUUUUUUUUUUUUUUU